AAUGCCACCCAACAGCCGACAAGCAGCGUGUUAGCCCUAAAAGAAGGCAGGGCUCCUGGCUAACCUGACUUCAGAGCGUGCCCAAAGCUGGAGGAUUCUGCCUCUCCCCAAAUGCCACAGCUUCCACCGGUGUAGUAUGUCACUCCAGUCUUCUCACAGGCUGUGCUGGGCAGACAUGUCGGAGGCAGUAAAGUCCAAAGAUUGCACUGACUGAUCUCUUGUGAAGUUAUAUCAAGAACAAAUUGCAGGGGAGGAGGACCUGCCAAAAGUGCUGAUCAUGGAGCUCAUACGUGCAGUUGCCCGCAUGGCUCCAAAAUCAAGUGGAUCUGGACACUUUAAGAAACUACUCAGAGAACUCUUACUCAGGCUGAGAUGAAUUUUCCUGGGAAACCUUAAAAUUAACAUUUUGGGAGAAAGGGGCUGAUCUGACGAACAACUCAGAAACUUCUAAUUCAAGCAAGCCUUUACCUGUGCAGUGCACACUGGUGCCAAGAUGUUCAAAAGAGGGACUGCAACUGGACAACAACUCUAUAGAGGAGCAGAGGACAUGGCCCAGGCAUACAGAUGUCUUAGUCAGCUCUUGUAGCUCACAGUGAGAUCAUGGAGGGUGCUGAUAGAUCAGUCGCACACCACCUGAUAGCCUCUACUGACAGAUGAAGGAAGGAGUGCCAGCUGCAAAAAUUCAAGCAAGAAGCAUGGAAGAAACAGAAUCCAAAUGUAACUUGGUGAAGAGAGGAGGAGCAGCACAGUCGUUUGAAUAUGUGACCUCCAAUUUCUGUGCAGAAGUUGUAUCUUAAAAGGCGAGACCAGACCAUGUACAGAGCGAGCAGAAACAAUUCACUGGCUUUUAAAUCCAAACUGAUGGCCUUCAAUGUGGCUGAUGAGUUUGUGAACAAUGGAAAGUCAAUGAGUUUGUUUGGUUUGAGAAAAGAUGCAAUACCUUGAUAAAACACUGCAAUGUGUCACCCUGUGAUGUUCUGGAACACGUGCAAAGAGACAAAGAUGAAAACCAGCUGAUAGGAUACAGGCAACGAUUACAGAGGAAAUACUGGAUGUUGGAAGAGUGGAGGGAAGCGAUGCCAAGGUCCAGAACACCUUUGGGUGCUGCAACCACCUGAAACCUCCUGAAAUCGCUCGCCACUGCUCAAACCACUUUUAAUAAACAGGGCUGCUGGGAGAGCUGCCAGAGGGAGAGAGAGCAACUGCAUGCACAAAGGUGGCUGGGUGGCACCUCUUGUAAUCUGUGUUCUGCACAAUGUAUUGACUGACUUUGUGGAUGGAUCCCAGGGGCUGAACACAAACAGCAUGUACCAGAGCAUGACAUUUUAAUCAGAGACAGGUUUAACUACUGGGAGCAGCUCAGGUAAUGUCUACUUUAAAAAAAAAAAAAAAAUUAAAGAAAAUUGCACAAAAGAACAAAAAAAGGGUGUAUGCUUGUGAUUGCUUAGGAACUCUGUGUAGUUGUGCAGUUAAACAUGAGAUACAAAUGAGUAGGUUGUGACAGGACCAAGAGCACUUUGAAGUAAAGCUGUAGUAAGUGCAAAUUGGUGACACAAGUUAAGACACUGAAAUAAGCUUUUUGCAAGCGUGUGUGUGCAGACACCAGGGCUAAGCAGUGGAUCCUGGUCUACGCAGCACCAUUCCUGCCAACCAGCUGUAAAAUCACUUGGCUCAGGGGAUAGAAAAGUGUUCAUGCUGCAGGAGGUCAGGCUGGCAGGGAACUAGAGAGAUUUAAAAGGAGGCGGCUGGAGUUUUCUCUGUAUUUGCAAUGAUUGGGAGUUGUGAGAAAGGCGGAGCUCUUUUGGGGUUGGGUCAGCUCGCCCCACCAACACCUUGAGUAAGGGUUGAAAAAUGACCACCUCAGAAACAGCAGGGAAUGGUAUCCUCCUCUUUAGCCUGUAACACACUGUGUAGCAGUGUUUCUGAGUUUGUGACACCCAGAAACGUAGCAGAGUUUAACCUUCUGUAGUAAAUUCUCAGGGUCCCUGAAGAGCUCUGUUAACCUUGAAAAUCUGUGUAGUAGGUUACUUUCUACCUGCAAAGUAGAAAGCACCGCUUAUUCACAGGCAUGAAUGACACUGAGUCUGGUCCAGAGGCAGACUUGAAAGGACAUCCAUCUGCUGUUUGUGGGAAUUUAACUGAGCAGAAACUUCUGAAAUAACCUAAAACAGAGAGAAUAGCAGAAUUAUUCCCAAAGCACUGCCUGCCUUCUAAUUGCUGGCCACCUCCUUUUGUGAAAAGAAGUAAGAGAAAGAGUUCACACAAGCACGAGUGCUUGCAGACUUCUCUUUUGGGGAAAGCGGUUAUCUUUCUUCUCUUGUUUUUGGACACUUAAAAUGAGGAAAGCAACAUAUCGGACUGGAGAGAGAGAAAAACCAGGCAAUGUUACCUUGGUAUCCGAUGAUCAAAGGUAUGACCCUCCUCUGCUGUGCCCUGAGAAGGCAGCAACUGUUUCCUGAGGGAACAGCACUUAGUUCAAAGCAGGAAAUGUCCCUUCCCUCCCUGUGUGGCCACACGGACCAGGAGCUGCCUGCCUGCCUGCCUUGAGAGAGCAGUGCAUUUAGCUUUUCCCAGUAGAAAAAGGGCAGCUUAACCAGUUAUCCUCUGCCAAUAGAAAAGAAACAGGGAGAUGAGUCUCAGAGAAUGAUUAUUGCCUGGGUAGUGGCAUGGCUGGCACAUAUUUUCUUGCAAAGAUCCAGUGGGCUACAGCUAUUAAGUAGCAGGAACUUAUAAAAUUCAUAGCCAGCUUUAUCACUUGGCUUCCUUUCAUCAUUUUAAAAGUCUGAGAUUUUGUUCUGACUACUGUAGUUUAAAUACAGAACAAACCUAUUUGUUCUUUUCAUUCAACUACCAUUUUACUGUGUGCAUUUCAACACUCAAAAUGUACUGGCUGCUGGCUGGCAUUUCCAUCAUGUUGUAGUGCCUAUAUUCCUCUCCUGUUUCUAAUGAGGCACAAAGUAUAGAGAACAUAAAUGACAGGAAAAAGCUACAGUUUUUUUAAUGACCAAAAUCAUAUAUAUUUUAAAUCUCUAGCCUGAGGUUACAGCACAACAAAGCAGGCAAUGUCUCUUUCAUCUGCAGUUUACUUGAAAACUAGGACUGAAUUUCAGUCUCCCCAGGUGACAGAAAACAGCAGAGAGUCCCCAGUACAAAAGCAAAGACCCAGUCAUGCACCAUCCAGCACUGUGGAGUUGAUGUGAGCUAUCUUCCUAGAGUACCGUGAUACCUUUCUUUGUAGGGGUAAAGCAGAUAAGGGAAGGGCUGUCAGAGAGCCAAAUGAGACAAAAGGAAAUGAAGGAAAAAAAAACCUGAGUCAAUACUGUGAAGAUAUUAGGGGAGGGCAUUACAAUAUCUGAUGUGAGAGAUCUUAUUUGGGACACACAUAACAUUUGCCCCAACCUCACCAGGCAAAAGGGUUGCACUGACUUUGCUGUCAGGAAUGCUGAACAGCAUUGGCUCAUCUAAGUUCUUAAUAUACAUCACACCUUUUGAAUGAAUUUUUGCACAGAACUCUAGGGCAAUUUUCUGGGAUGAGAAUUAUUUUUUGUCACCUGCAAAUUGCACUUUUGUGAGGAGCUAUACCGAGGAAAAAGUAGGUGAGAUGUUGUUGGGGUGAGCUGGAGCACCAAGGCUGCACAGCUGACAAAUGAGAUUUCUGAUAAGGAGAGGUGUAGAGGAAAAAAAAGAAGAAAAAAAGAAAAAAAGAAAAAAAGAAAAAAAGAGCCAAGUUCAGUUCCUGGUGAUUCUAACAGAUUGGUGAAAUUGCAGGCUGUCAUUGGGAAAAUCCUGUUUCUCAGACAAAAAUGGACAAGGGACACUGACAUGAAAAUGCCAGUGCAAGUCGACUUCUGAAUUAUGUUGUUAGGUUGAAGUAGUCUUCAUUUGGACCUCAGCAAAGCAUUAAGACAGUGUUUUUAGCAAGCUCAUGGUUACUGUUUGCAAUACAGUAACACUACAGGCAUGUUCAAGACCCAUUACACCAACUGCAAUUUGCACAAGCAGAAUACAUUGAAGGUGUUGUGUAACUAUGCAUAUAUAUGGGCGAAGGCCCCUGAGAACCAUAAAAUCAGUUUGGAGAGAGGAAUGACAAGAAAGGGAAUCAAAAGAAUUGGCUCCUAUUCCAUCUGCAGAGUUGCACUUUAGGGAAAAAAAUAAAAUAUCCAAAACUGAAAAAGAAAUGCUACAUAAAGCUCCAGGUUUCUCAUCCCUUAACCCUGCAUCCUGCCUAUUUUACAGGAAAGUAUUAUUGGAAACGUCCAGUGGGAAAAGGUCCAUGCAGUAUCAGGAUUUUUUUUGCUCUUUCUGGUGCAUGGCAGAGUUGCUGUGUGAUGAUGGAGUAGAAGCAGCCCAAAGGCUUUUUGUAUUUUCUGGACACACGGUGCUGGCACAUGAAUUUGUUCCUUGGGCUUGAACUUCCAUUAAGUCAAUGCAUGCUGGGCUACUAAAAAUGUAACAAAAUUGAAUUCGGGAAGGCGAAACCAAUAAGAGAUUUGCUGCCACCGGGAGUGUGAAUCAGACCUUUUCUGCAGCAAAGUUGCAAACGUUGCCUGAAUGUUGAGUGCACCGAGAGCUGAUCACAGAGAGGGUGAACUUCUCCGCUUGGUUGCAGCUCUGAUCUGAUAGCUGGGGAGUACCUGUUUGUUCCUGUACUUAAGCAAUUGUCUGCAAACUAGCAACAAAAUGAAGUAUCCACGAUGCUUUUGGCAACUUUGAGGCAGGACAGCACGAUGGGCGUUGCAGCUGUAGAUGUAUGCGCUGAUAUUAAGCAGUGCUUUUUGAGAUAGCGUGCUGGAUUUAGUUUGUAUUUAAGUAAAGCUUUGGACUAUCAUUUCUGAGAUAUUUUCAUGUCUACCUUUGAUCUAAAAUGUGUUAAUCUAAUGAGUGGGUAGAGAAAAUGAGUUACUAUGGGAACGAUGUCUUUCUCUAACUUACUGCCCCAGCUGGCUGCUCUGGCAAUCGAAGCACGCCGCGAAACGGAGCAAGGCCACCAGAGACAAACGUGCAUUUCAGUCUGAGAGGGAGCUUUGGAGGUUGGGUUUGGGGUAUGGAGGAUAACAGCAGGCCUCUGGGAGUUGCAUUGUGUGCUUAAAGCAAAAUGAGAGGAAGAGGAGUGAGUUGACGUCUGACCGUGAUAAGGAAAACCCCCAAAAGGGGGAGUCACCUAGUGGGAAGGAGAUAGAGGCUCUGCUGCUGCAUUUCUUGGGGUGUAACUGAUAAAUGAUUAAGGACAGGUGUUAAAGCUUGAAUCUUCUAAAUCUAUUCUGGUGGUAAUUAAUUAAUUUUAUAAUUAAACAACUCCAUGAUCUGCAGUCGCCUCCUGUUUUCUGCUGCAGAAUCACAGAAGAAACCAUAAAUAUGAAAAGCAUGGGUGUGUCUUCCUCUGACCUGGAGAGCAGUGGUUCCUGCAGUGGUGGCUCUCUGCCUGUGUGCUGUUGGCUGGGAAGCAGCAUCCUGUAUUGGUAUUAAGUUUCCUCUGUUUGCACCUCCCUAAAAUCUACUGCACAGUAUGAUGCAGUAUGGAGAGGAAAAAGAUGAGUUUCUUAUUAUUGCUCAUGUAAUUAAGGGGAGAACUUUUCUCUGAGUGGAAAUGGUUUAAUCUUCUCUUAUUUGAUUCCUGUCUUUGGUCUAGUGCCUGGAUAAGGCCAAGAAAAAAACAGGUGAGCAUCCUGCCUUAGCUCACUGCAGCAUGUGAGCAUUGGGUGGAUGCUCACCCCAACUUCAACACUUACAGGUGAGCAGGAAAUAUUUUCUCUGGGCAAUUUGUUUCUUUGAUACCUUCAUUCCUUACUGUCCAAUAUGUGUCAUCUAUUUUGCCUACUUUCUCAGGAAAAGGUUUGUACAACUUCUGUGGUUAAAUAGAAUCAGGAUUCAAGUAUUUUGAUUUACUUUUUUUAAAUAAAAAGUAAUUGAAAAACAAUCAGUGAAAAACAUGUUCGAGAUCAAUAUCGACAGUGUAAAUCACGACACCAAACAUUCAAAUAUUAUCAAAGGCCUGCAACUUUCUGAAUUUCUAGCCAGGUUUUGACUACCACUCUCCAUUCCAAUGUCUAUCUCCAGAGCCACAAAUUUUUGUACCUUUUUAAUUUUUUUCAAGUUGACUCCUGCCCUCAAGGUCUCUUAAUGUUCCCUUUCUUGCUUUCUAAUCUGGCUGAGGGUCAGCCUAAGGAAGCUUCAUCACUGCUAAUUUCCUUCCUGCACUAUGAGGUGAGACUUCUCAGCUGCAGGUCUUACACUGAUGUAAUUUACAUCAAGGUUGCUCUCCUGGCUGCUGUCCAGUAGCAUCCCUGUGGAGAUCACCUGCCCUCAGACUGGUACCUGCCCCGUUUUUGUCACUGAGGGCCUUGCUGCUCCACCUACGGCUCAGGUGGUGCUCAGGUUUAUCUGAUUUGUGUCCCUGCAACUAGAACUUUGUCUCUCUGGGUGCAGUUUCUGAAGUUCAAAGUUCUGAUUUUUAUAUGACUUGUUAUUUGCUUAUUUUGUAUGUAUGCAUCCCUAUUGGAAACCUCAGGGUGUUGUCUUUCAGCUCACUUGCUCAUGAGUACCUAGCUGGGGUGGCCUGGGCUGCUUUUUCACGUCUCUUUGCAGGGAGGGAAGUUUCUCACUGUCUUUUGUGCCACAGGCACAACUCAGAGCUCAGUAGGGUCACACUAUGCCUUUGAAGCAAGGAUUUAAAACAACUGAGGCUGCUUUUCUUCCAUUUUGAGCCUCACAGAUGAAAACAAUAGCAAUAACUAAAGAACCCUGAGAUGAGUUUUGCAAUACUUGCCCUCCCAGUCUGCACAAGUGCAACUGCAGCAUCUCCCUACCUGCCUUCAGCAACUGUGCCUCUCCACCUCUGGCACGUUCCCAAGCUCUUCUCCAGAGAGCUUUCUAUGAUGCAAAGAGGUCAAUAAUACAAAUAAUUAAUGUCAAGUGGCUGUCAAUAGAUACUGGGUCUAAAAACAUAGCACAUGUAAACCCAUAUUAAUUAAUUGCAUCCCACUGUGAAAUUUGAACAGUAAGCAAAUCAGGAGGGAUGGUGUGGUGAUAAUGAUCAAUGCUUAGUUUUUCCAGAGAGAUGUUGAGAAGCAGAGCAGCUUUGGCACAACUAAGUCCUUCCUGGAGUGGGUUUAUCUCUCCCCUUCAUCUGAAAUAGAAUUUUUAAAUAUUUGGUAGUUAAUACCUGCUUUGCAGAAAGUUGAGGUGCUCGAUCACAAUAUUAAUAUUUAAAAUACAAACCCAGAAAUUACAUGGGAAAGCAUCAAAGGAGAAAUUAUAUUUUUAUCUUGGCACACAGAUUGCUUUCUCAUGUGAUCUGAUCUACAUUCUUGCUGUUUAUAUUUCAUACUUAAUCCUUGCAUCUGGUGCAUUUGGUCCAAUCCAAUCCUCUGCUCUCAGAAGCAUUUCAGCAUCUUCGGAACAAGGUGGAGGAGCAGGGAUCUCAUCCUGGCACACACACAGGCCUUGAAGGAGGUAAUAACAAACAAGACGUGUCACUCAGACCAAGUCUCCAACUCAACCCUGCUAAAAAGAGCACAUCUGAAAGAUCUUUUUCAUACUGACAUAUGAAUGUUUGUGGGGUGGAAGCUGUUGGGGUUUUUUCUCUGAUAUUUGGAGCGCAGAUAUCUGAUAGUGUGAGGUUCUCUGUGUUUCAAAUUUUUUUUUGCAAAUGGAACAGUGGAAGAAAGAGCUACAGGAAUAAAAGUAAAAGCUUUAGAAAGGCUGUAUUUUUUAAUAUACAAAGUAAUCUCACUAGAAAUGAUCAAAGAGGAGACAAAUAGGGAAACAGAGUAACAUAUUUUUACCUUUAGAAUAAUGCAGUUCUUUACUCCAGUGUAGAAAGUUUUCAAUAUAAGGGUUUUUUUCUUUGCACACUCAAUCUAACCCAAGUCCAGGCUGCUGCCCACACCAGUCCUUGUCUCUCCUGCAGAUUCCCUGUAGUUUCAGGACCCAGUGAGAGCACAGUGAGAACAAUCUCCUUUCUGAGGGCAGUUUCUCAGGGUGGCAGGUGACCGCGAGCAUCGGUGCAGGUACGAGGGCAUGGAGCUAAUGUGGUGCGAGGAAGCUGGAAGGGAGUGGGGUGGCAAAGCCAAGGGGAGAGAGAGCCUGGUAUUGUGCUGCCCAGGGACCACCCUGCGCUGGAUCAGGGCUGGGGGUGCAUCACCUGAAGCUCUUCCCUUAUCUAGCAGUGAGCAUCAUUUCCUAAGAGCGGGAACAGCUGGCUGGAUGAGAGCUGGCUUUUCAUCUCCGUGCCACUCGCAGCCCGGCACUUCCAAGGCAGAAGCUGUCCAAGUUCAGCAGCUAAGGAGAGAGGAAGUGCUGAGGGGUGGGAUCCUGCUGCCUGGCCAUGAGCAUGCAGGAGUGUGUGAAAUAGCACGUUCAAGCACGCAAAUCCUGUUCUAAGGAACUGUGCUUUGUGAGAGGAAGGGCUGGGAAUCACCACAGGUUUUCCCAUGCAUCCUCCUCGUGUUCUUCCUUUGAACUCCCUGGCUUCUGCAGAGGAAAGAGGACAUGGCAGAUAUCCAAGAACAGCAUUUUCUUCGUUAGCAUCACUGUGAGAAGCUAAUAGGUAAACAUCUUGUACCUGGGGAAGGAAAAACGUAAAGGAAGAACAGGGAGAGGAAAAGAGGCAAGAUAUGUAGAAGUGUUUAAGAGUUAAGGAGCCUGCCUGUUAGGCGUCACUGAACUGGAAGUUGGUCUUGCUAUGAAUACAAGAAAAGUUCUCCAAACCAAGAUCUUAACUUUGGUCAUGCCAGAUACUCUUCCAGCCAAGCAGUACAAUUUGUUGAGCACAACAAUUUCUCACAGAUUACUCUGCGGAGUCCCUUUGGAUUCUGAGAAACUGAGCAGUCUUUCCUCAGUCUCUGGUGGAGUAGCCAGUGUUAUCAAAACAUGGUGAGCUGCAGUAAUUCCUACAAUUACUCAUGACUGAUUUAUCACUUGAUUGUAGGAAUUCAGUAUAAAUAGAUUUUUUUUCCCAUCUCCCUUGCUCCCUAAUUGAUUAUUUUUUUGAAUGCUGAACCUUUGAGUUUCUCUCAUAAAAUAGAUUAGAGUCAUUAUAGCUGUGUGCUUUUUAAUCAUUCUGCAGUAUAAUUACUGUUGCUGCUGUUGUCUUCUGGUUUACUCUGUUUCUUUAUUAGCAGCUCUUAUUGCCAGAAGCUUUAAACAUUUAAUAAUCUGUCAAGGUGGUAAUUUGUUGGGGUUUUGUUUUCUGUUUUUAACUUGAAGAGCUUUGCAGGGAUAUCUUCAAGCACCUGGUCUGCCCAGAUGCUUUAAUAUUUGCUUAUCUCUGUCUAGUUGGCCUUGUGGUGUUUUUAAUUGACCUUCUUCUGGAUAACCAAAGUUACCCAUUCAUCACAUAGAGAAUGUAAGUCAGUCGCAUGUAACUGUAUCAGGCAGCAGGAAAACAGACCCUCCAGAAACAGUAAUGAGGCUGAUGGCCAGAGAUGACACAUAGGCUGUCUGUUGGCACCAGCAAAAGAACUUUAUUGCAGCCUGAUACAGCAUUCACAGUAAAUGCAGGCUGUAGUGGUUUUCGUAAUGUGGAGGGAUUACACCACCAUUUCUUGUCUUUGGGAUUUCAAUUCAGGGUCCCUGCAGGAACACAGCCAUCCUUCUCCCCGAGUUCCCAUAGGCUUUUCCUAUGCAGCAUGCCAACAUGGAGCAUCUUGCCUUUCCCAAAUGCCAGGUGAAGCCAGAGAGUUCACAGGUAAAAGGCUCUUGGACUGCAAUUCUUGCUGACCUGAGUGUAAGCUGCAGGGCUGUGGCUCCCCAGGGAGUCCUGUGGGGCUGCUCCUCAGCAGCUGGUGUGUCCCUCAGCCUUCACCCAUGGCUGAUGGGCAGGACUGAUGAAGGAGGGCAGUUUGCAGCAGUGAGGACAGCAGUCUCCUCUGGGGCCAGAGCCAUGAGCUGCAGCACUGCCCAGUUCUCACGGAGUGCACAGCCAGGACACCCUGUGUCCCACCGGGACAAGGCACGGGUGGCUCUGCUGCAGCAGCUGCUCCUUACCCAAAGCACCUGCUGGAGCCAUCAGCCUGGCUUCUGCACGUGCCCCUGGGCCCACACCGUGGGCAUGGGGGCUCAGAGCUGGGGCAGCACUCUGCAAGGCAGCUUUUCCUGUGCCCGUGAGGUGAUCAGAGACUGGACAGCAUCAGAAAGGGCUGGAGGAUGUGAACGGUUUGGUAUAGAUUACUGAGACAGGUGACACAGUGGCCUGUCGGUAGGUAAAUGACUGUGGUGGUGGGAAAAUGCUCAGUUCUCCCCAUCCUCAGGGAGAGUGGGUUUCCCUGCACUAGAAGUAAAACUAAAACUUCUCGGUGAGGAAAGAUGGUGAAGCUUGGAAGCAGAGUGUCCAGGGACCUGGUGGCAUUUCAGCUGCUGGUGGUUUCAAAAGAGUGCGCGUGACACAAGAGUGUCACAGUGACACACAGAGGAUGGGAUCCUCCCUUCUGGCAGGGCAGCAGGUCAGGCUGCCUCUUAGUUCUCUUACCCCUCCCACUUUCUGAGUGUGGAAGUGCAAGCCAGAGGGAACAGAAAUGCCAGGAUUUGCACAUGCUAGUCUACCCUAAAGAUGGAAACAAAAACACAAAGUUGGGUUGUGGUUUUGACGUACACAGAAAAGAAUAAAAUCCAAAGGAAGACAGCAAUCAUUUAUGACUGAAAAGAAAGAAGAGUACAAAAUUACUUUUGAAAAAUAAGGUAUUUACUUAUAUUUUAAAUAUCAUCUUACAGAUUUAUAUUAUCUUCACUUUAUAGUUGUGUGUUGGGGAAAUGGUUGCUUUACUUUUUCCUAGCGUUCCUUCAACCACUUUGAGGUAAGCUUUUUCAUUAAUGGAAAUGACUGUAUUUCUUUUAGCACUUUGUCUGUGCCUUAUUUCAUCUUGUCAGAGAAAAGUGGAAGAUAUUAAUUCUUGGGGUUUUUCUUGUCUAUAUGAUAAUCCAGACAAGAUUCUGACAAUUUCAGUACAAUAGCCUCCUCUCAGGAAAGCUUUGAUUGCACUAAAAUAUACUCUGAAGUGCUAAUCUCUUAACCUUCUAGAGUUCAUUAUUUGGACAGAUAAAAAUUGAGUUUAAAAUUACCUAAAAGGUCUUCUUGCCAAGAUAUAAUCUAGUUAAAAUUUUUUCAAAUUGAAUUAUGUGGAUUGUAUACCAUGUAUUGAUUAAAGAAAUCUUCUUAAUGUAGUCAUAUAAUAAGACUCUUGACAUUAUUUUUUUUUCUCCUUUGAUGGAGUUGGUUUUUAACAGAAGCUUCAGCAUUUUGUUCUGUAAAACUGUCACCAUUUUGAUGGCUUCUUAGCUGGACAAGGCUUUGACCUCUGGACCAAUUCUACAUUUGAGGAAAACACAACUGCAAAAUUAUCUAGUCUAGUGCCACUUGUGAAAAAAAUUUCUCAUAUUACACUGACAUGAAGAAGCUGAAGGCUGCUUUGGACUAUGUCCUGAAAGACUGAUUCAGUGGCCUUGAUUCAAGAUGCAUCCUUUGCACUUUUAAAAUCAAAAUUUUGGAAAUAUAUUCUGAAUCAACCUGUGGUCAAAGAGAAAGAGGCCUGAGGGGUUGCAAGAGGAAAGUACGGCAGUUUCCAGCAGCAGGUCCCUUGCUCCCAAGUUGCAGCCUGGUUGGUAGUGCUGGUAAGUUAUACAAGUCACAGACUUCAAAUGUCACCAUUAUCCAGCCACAUCUGCGGCGUCACGAGUGGUAAAAUGACAAAAAGAAGUGGAUAUACCCACAGUAUCUCUUGCUUCUGUUUUACAACUACACUGUAAAAUGUUCUAUUCUAUUAGUUCUUUUUUAAACAAUUUCCCAUGUCAGGAAAAGCAAAUGUGUUACCGACAUAAUACACUGCCUUGCACCUCCAGUUUGGACAGAAGAGAUGCAUCAGCAAGUGCUUGAGCAGAUGUAAAAGCACUGCUAAAGGAAUGGACCCAAAUGAGGAUCUAAUUUCAAUUUUGGGGUAAGUUAAUGUGUUUGCUUUGGGAUUACUUUUUUUUUCCUUCUGAAUGUAUUUUUUCCCAUAAUGCCAAUAAACUGCAAACAGGAUGAUAGAAAACAAACUGCAUUGUGAGUCAUAAAAAGGAUUAUUAACUAAAUACCAAUUGUAGGAUCUACACUGCCAAUGUGUGAGCCAGAAAGCACAUCUUGACUGUACAAUUUUAUUUCUAUUUUCGAAGAAGCAGCAGUUAAAAAAAUCAUUAUCACUUGCGUCUGAGCUGAUCAUGUUUGAUUUGGAUGUCACUGGGAUGCAAUAAACAGGAAACCCCAGGGUGCCAUUUUACUAAGACAGUUUUCAGAGAGGAACCACAGUUUCUGCAGCAAAGCACUGCUGAUUUACAUGGAUUUUCUUGUCACAUGUUUUGGCAAAAUGUAUCAGCUUGUGCUUCUUAGCAUCAACAAAUAAUACUUGACUUGCAAACGAGCUCCUGGCAAGUACCCAGCCACAGGAGGCUUGGAGACUUGACUGUAUAAAAAAGACUUGCAUUUCACCAAUUUGUGAACUGGCACAACCCCUGCCAUGGUCGUUUGGAGCUGCUCUCUGAUCCUUGCUCUUGAUUCUUGGAUAUAGAAGCUAUUUAGCCUGUUAGCUUUUACCAAAUUCCAAGCAAUGAAAAUUAAACAUUUAUUUUUUCAAUUUCCAUGUAAAUGCCUUGAAGGGCUCUCAAGUUCAUUUGUGCUCUCAUGUUUGAAAUUAAUCUUUUCUACCAUGUGACACUGGUAUCUUUUCCCUCACUUUGUAGGCCUUUCAAAAUGUUCACCUUUUUUAAAAAAAAAAAAAGAAAGAAAAAGACAGCUUACUUUGUAUUUUUCCUGUGCAGUCUUCUUGUUCAUAAUGAGUUUAAAUAUAAGGAACAUAAACCCAUCUGGAAAUAAAAAUUAUGCACUAGGUUCACUUAAAAAAAGUAAUUACAUUAUAAUCAAACUGUCACUUUAUGAGAUAGUGGGAGAUGAAAUACACCAUAAGCUGACAAAAGAAGAGGACGACUUGCUAUUUUAAAUAUCACACAUGGUACAAAGCAGUUGAAGAAAACCUGAAGUACAUACAAUGUAAUCAGGAAAGCACUUGGAGCCGGGAAGGUAAAACUCAGCACUAGGACCAGGGAGACAGACAGGCUUUCUCCUGGUGGAAUGGGGAACCUUCAGCCUUAUGCAGCUCAACACAUGUGCAGGCUACUACUGUCCAUGGACUGACAGUCCAAGGGUGUUUGGACACAGCAUGGAAAACACUGGCCUGUGAUUAGGAAACACACUGAAUUCACACGUUGUGUUUUGCACAGACUUCCAAUCUGCCACUGUGGCAGUUCUUGAGUUACUGUCCCUGUUCACCUUACUCAAAGGACAUGUGCCCCACCAAGCUGUCAGCCUGUAUUCAGCAGGGGCUGAUUCCUGCCUCAGGUUAGACAUGCAAGCCAACAGGGAAAAUCUGAAUGUGUAAGGAAUGGUCUUUGUUCAUGUUUUGCUGUUUCCUGUGGCCCCUUCAACCUGCCUUGGUGUGGACGGAAAUGCCUCAGUUUGAGGUGAAAUUCAUGGCCCUGUGUAGCCACUAGAUGGACAGCAACAUUCAGGUGGGAGUGUCCUUCAGACCAUCGUCAUAUUUGCCUCCUGAAGUAUUUCUUUGAGGUUUGAAUCUGUUCCCUGUUUUCUGUCCUCUGUCAGCAGGGGAUCCUUUUCACCAGCAGCCCCGGCAAAGAUCCUCACACUGACACUCGAGAGCAGGCUGGUGGCGAGCGGUGGACAUGAAUGUGGGGCACAGGGACAGACAGAGGAGCUGGUGAUGUGAUUUUGGAUGCAGCCUUGUCUUUCCAGCAGGAACCAUGGAGGUGACAGCUCACGUAGUCCUGUGGGUGAACAGAACAUCCUGAAGAAGUACACAUCCCACUACAAACAGAAUGGAAAAGAGAUGCAUUUCCUCCAGAUGUUGCAAUGUCACCUCCAUGCAAGACCAUCAGAGCAGUGAUCUCAAGAUAAAGCCCAGCAAGCUGCAUCUACAAAAAGGACUUUCAGAACAGACUCCUGUUCUCUCUUGCUGGCAUGACCCACAAAAGCUGCUCCAAGCAUUGUCUCUGAAAACGCUGCCAAAGUGACCAGUGGAUGACAUGGCCCUUCUGGGAAGCUUCCGUGGAAACCUUAACCUAACAGGAGCAGGUGUUUCCCAGCACUGGCAGCAGGUAACUCUUUUUUCAAAGCUAUGGCUUCCAUUACCUUUUGUUACAUAGUUAUUAACCUGCAUCAAAAAAUUUUAAUACAGAAUGUGGAAGAUGAGAUGUGCAAGUGAUAGCCUUUAGCUGAUGUUGUGUAAAACAGGGGGGGAAAGCACAGCUUGUGCUGUAUCUGGAAAAGAGAGAGGCCAAAGAAAGCAGGGCUGGUCUCACAUGAGCAUUCCAGUUAAUUUUGAAAAUAAUGGCUCUGUAGUCUUUCAUUUUGUUGGAAAUAGCUGGGUGGCUUUCACACAGAGGUUUUGCAUUGGUGUGUAGUUGCUGGGUCAGUGUGCUUUAUAUUUCUUUUGUUUUGUUCAUUGGUUUCACUUUUUAUACUCUGCUUUUUCAGUAACUUGCACUUUGCACCAUGAAAUGCACAACAGCUUUCGUAUGGUUCCUGAUGGACAGUCAUUGAUCAGAAAUGGGAUUAAAUGGGAGCAGAGGACUGCAGGGACCUGUGGCUGGAAUGGCAGAAAAAAAGAGGCAGUGCUGCCAGCUGCAGAGAGGCACCAGAGCUAAGGGUGGGAAGGGGGAGACUGAGGAACCAGAGGCGUCACUGGAAAAGCCCAGUGGAUAUCCCACUGCAACCUCAGUGCCCUGUCCCCUGAAAUGCUGCACCCACCCAUCCACCCUUCUAGCCCAUGCCACCCACUCAUCCAACCCCCCUGCGAGCUGCUGUGGUCAAAGGUGCCUGCCAGCUACAGAGUCAUUAGCACGAGUUUCAAAGAGGUUCAAAACCAAAACACAGCAAUGAAGUGGGAGCUUCUGUGCCAAGUGCCAAGCGAACCUGAAAGGUUAGUUUACUCUUUCAUGAAAUUCCUGCUUCAAAGUCUCCAUCUCUUUUUCACCAGGGACCAGCGCUUUCUUUAAGCAAUGUUUAGAGGACACCAGUCUGCAAGGGUAAUCAUCCUCGCCUCUGGCAGGAAGAGCUCGUGCACUAGCAUUUCUGAAAAGGCUCUCUUUGUGAAUAAUUGAAUUUGUCUCUGGAGUUCAAGAUUUCUUUUUCUGUGGGACUGACUGCAGCUUUGCUUCUUCCUUAGGUGCAGCUUACUGUAAUUGAGGCAGAAAAAUUGUAUUGCAGUGAAGGGUUUUGUGAGCAUAAUGCAUAAUACGGUGAUUGCCGUGGAAAGAAUCAUUUGUAGUGUUCCAAAUGCCUCCUCCAGUGGUGAACAGAUCUGCAGAAAAUAAUUUGAGGAUCCCCCACUGCCACCCCCUACUCUCACUCAAGGGGAAAAGAAUUAUUGCUUCCUGAAGUGUCCCUGUGCAGCGGGCAGAGCCCCGUGCUACAGUGCACUACUGGGGACCCAUCCUGGAUGGUAUUCAGAGCCCAUCGGUUCCUGCCACUGCCUGGGACACAGGGAACUAACAUCCAGGUCAACUGCUUGUCCAGCCCAAAAGAAAAUGCUGGGAUUCACAUAUCCACUGACAAGCGGGAAAAAUCUGCACAUCCCAGUGCUGAGACAAUCAUCCCUGUAGCUGCCUCACCAAGGAAAAGCCAAAUACAGAGAUAUACUCCUUCCAACUACCAGCAAGGUCUGCUGUCCCUGGGCAUGUUUCACUACCACCUCUCAUCCCUGCCAUCCAUAACCCGGUGUGUGACAUCCAACUGCGGCAUCUACAAAGCUGCCUGAAACUGAGGCUUUCACAUUUAAUGAAGCAUUUCUUUGAAGUCAUGCUAAGUGACUGUGUUGCGCAUCUGCACGGGGCAGACCAUCUCAACUUCCUUUUCUGAGAGCCUGAUGGGAGCACCAAGAGAGCUACAUACUUAGCAGAGCUUCAUCAAGUGAAGAUGGAAGAAAGGUGGCUCUUCUCUCUCUUUUGUUUCCUCUGGGUGCCCAGCAUCACAGGCCAGUCUAGAGAUGUCCUUACUGAAACAGAAGUGGUCAGCGCUCUGCCAGGUACUGACGUGACCCUGGUGUGCCUCUUCCCAAAAUCACGCACCACCCACAUAAUACAGACACAGUGGUCCAAGACCGAAGACAGCCAGUCUACCAAAAUAGCUGUUCAUCAUCCCAUUUAUGGCACUCAUUACUUCAAAUUUUCCAAGGCUUCUUACAAUUUUUCAGUGUCCUUCAGCACAAGGAAGUGCUGCAGCCAGGAUGUCACAGAAUCUUUGUGUUCCACCAAUCCAAACGCCCCGUCUGAAUGCAAUCAGUGGGCUCUGCAUCUGAAAAACGUUACCAUCGCCCUUAGCGGGCAGUACGAGUGCAGUUUUGCUACUUACCCAUAUGGGACAAAGGCUGCAAAAAUUCAACUUAUUGUCAAGGCAGAAGAGGAGCAGCACUACCUGAAGAAAGUGUGGUUAAACCAGACUUUAGAAAUUCCAUGCCUUGAGGACACGAUCUCAGAAGAUUUGUCCACUUAUCCUUUGAAAUGGCUAGUGGGUGACAACAACAGGAAAGAGGAACUUGUGACCAAGGAGCCCUCCUGUCCUGCCGUGUACAGGAACAGCAGCUCAGUGUACGGGCAAAGAGUCCGCCUGGGUCUGAAUAACACUCUAAAGAUUUUCCCCACCAAAAUCACUGAUGAUGGCAAGGUCUUUUCCUGCCACGUGAGGUAUCACCCGGAGAGAGUCCAGAAGAGCAGCACCACUGUGAGAGUAUAUGCUUACCCCGAGAUCUCUGUUAGUCUGCAGGAGGGCUCGGCUGGCACCUCGCAGAAGCCCAGCGUGAGCUGUGUCGUGAGGAAGGCGUUUCCCAAGCCAAGCCUCGUGUGGUACGUGGACAGAGUGAACCUGCUGGAGCAGCCUGGAGAAAUCCUUGUUGUACAAGAAGACUUGCAAGACAGUGAAGGUUUCUAUCAGAUGAGAUCAACGCUGGUGCUGCAAGGGACCCAAGAGACACACAAGACAUUCUCGUGUGCAUGCCUGUUUUCUUCCCUCGGGAGUGAAACAUGGAAUAUUUCAUCAGAGGAAAUAUUUGUUUCAUUCGACAAUAAGUCUAAUGAAGCCUCAUCUGAAGCUUUUACCACCACGGUUUCAGAAGACCUUGGUAACUCAACACUUACAUCAGCUGUCAUGACUGCUUCAGAGCCCCAGUCGACAUCUUUGGCCUCUCUGGAUUUCACAAGUCAAGCAAACUUGGCUCCUGCUUCCACAACAAAAGAUUUGAAUGAUUCCACCACGGAAUCUUCACAGAGCCUCAGUAAUGCCACUCGCUCCUCUGAGAAUACAACCCUGACACACGGUAAUCUGUUCUACAGAAUCACAGACCAGACAAUUUCAGUUACCAAAGGGAAAGAUUUCUUUACUGCCAGCAGCCUACUCAACAGUACUGGUGAGAGGAACACAAACACCAGUCGCUUCCCCUGGCCGACAGUGGUAGCCGUCCUGCUCCUCUUCUGCAGUUCCCUAAUAGCUGUGGGCAUCAGGAAAUGGUGUCAGUACCAGAAAGAGAUUAUGAACAGACCUCCAUCUUUCAAGCCACCACCACCUCCAAUAAAGUACACCUCCAUGGUGGAGUCUGAUGGGACUGCCCCAUCCUGCCACGAACUAGAAAACCUGUAACAUUGCCUACACCCCUUGUGUACCUUGCAGAAGACUGACACAGUUAAAAGGCUCUGCCUUUAGAACAGUGACUGCAGGAGCUGGGUGUUAAUGACCCAUAUUAAAAUUCAGAGUGCCUACAUGACAUUACUGUUGGAAGCUGAGCAUUCCUUAGGACACUUCAUCCUGUCUAUCUCCAUAUAUGCAUUAAGUUAACACCGUUGUGUCACCGUGAGAUUACACCUGCUUAAUUUGAAUUAGAUGAUCAACUGGGAAUUUCCUGUCUUUUUAAUGGGAGCAGAUUAACACAUCACUCCUCCAGCCUGACUGAAGAGUGUUGAAGCUUCUUUUUACUGAGUGCAUAGAGAUGACAGCUCUGACGUAUGGACACCACAGUUACAGUGGCUUCACACAAGUUUUUUGAUACCUCCACGAGUCGUUCUUGCAAAUAUUUUUUUCAACUGUGGACUAACAUGACCAACUUAGUAUUUUCUAUCACUGUGAAACCAAACAAAAAACAAUCAGCAUUUUAUACAGAAAGAAAAUAUCCGCAUCUCUCAGCAGGGGGUUGCAGCACAGGAUCACGUGGAGGCGUUGGUGAGAUGAAAGGUCAUGGUGCAGGCCUGGUGCAAGUGUUUGUGAGGAAGAUUCAGUUGCCAUUGGUGAAGUCACAGAAAACAGUCAACUCUGGGCUCAUGCAUAAGCCACGUGUGGGCCAGAGACUUAAGGAUUGAAGUGAACAAGCCUAAAGAUAAUGGAAAAUUCUAGUCCUUUUAGAAGUGCUGUGCCUUUGAAACAGUGCUUACACUUGAGUCUGCUUUUGUGGAAUUAUAUUUUUGAUACCCAUUAAGGAAAAAGAAAAAAAAAAAAGGAAUAUAAUAAUUUUCUUCUCCUUUGGUUUUAAUGAGUUUCUGUCAUUUGCUGUCUUUCAAGACCUCAGGGGAAGUUUCCCAGGUGGUUUAAGCCUAUGAAAGAGGUGAUCCAGUCUUACCCCUGUCCUACCUGGGCUACAUAUUUCCUUGCACUGACACUAAUGAAUAAGUGAUGGUGCAGAGGGGGGGAUUGGCUCAGCUCCCACUGUACAGUUCUCAGCCAGGUCAGCAGCUGUGUGAUCACUAAUGCAAGGUACCAAAUCUGCAGCAGUGUGAUCCUACAUUACCUUCAGGCAGCCAAGAAAAAGGCCCUCUAAGCUUGUUUGAAAAUUUAUUGUUACCAGAAUGGUAUUUCUGUAAUUAAUGCAAAUCAGCUAAAAUUCAAUCAUGUCAGGCUCAAAAUUGAUAUUCUGAUUUAGGAAUGGGAUUUGUUUUAUUUACUGCUAAAUGCUGGUCGAUGAGUGUCAGGGUUCAGAGCACUGUAUUUCUGGGGAAUUUAGAUUAAAUUAAUUACUUACUGGAAAGAAUGAUCUAACAGCCUUUUUUAGAGUAUUUUGUUGUAUUAUUUAUCUUAUACUACAACCAGUCCUAAAUCUGUCAUCUGUGCUGAACUGAAAACAUUUUCUGUCCUACAAAACUACACUGACCUUGCAUGCAUGAAAGGCUCAAUGUUAAUUUGAGCGUUUCUUGUCUGCGUGGGGUAGUAGAAGCAAAGUAGUUUACCUUUUGUCAUACUAUCCAUCAUUGCAAAAGAAGGCAGCUUUUAGUCCUUAAAAAGAGAAAGUGGGAAA